AUGUCAUCGUUAACAGUGACAAAUACGAUAACCGAUGAACUAUUUACAACUGUAUUAAUUUCUGCUAUACCUAAAUCAUUUCGUUCAGCUGAUUUACGAAAUUAUUUUUCAUUAUUUGUUGAAACCAAAGCUUUUCGAUGUUUUCAUUUUCGUCAUCGACCAAUGCCGCCAUCAUCAACAAAUGCCGUGAGUGUCUCUCAAAUGUGUUUUGUACAAGUUUAUAAUAAACGUUUAAAUGAAUUCAUACGUCUUUAUCAUCGAAAACAUUGGAUUAAUUUAAAAGGCAAUUAUUUAUCAUCCAUAUGUCUUAUUAGUCAAGUCACCAAUGAAAAUAAUGAUGUAUCUAUAACGAAUAAUUUAAUUGAAUUAAAACCUCCUAAACAUGUUUAUCCUCAAGGUAAUGUUGGAACGCCAACUUCAUAUUUUCUUAAUGAGAUUAAUGCUUGUCGAUUACCUUCAACAACUAUUAAAAAAUUAGGACUUAUUUUUCCUAAAUGUCGUUCGAAACGAAAAUAUGGUUGUGUUGGUUUUGAUUAUGGUACAAUUAUAGAUCAAGAUGAUACUGACGAACAAGAAGAAGAUAUGGAUGAAAUGGAUUUGAGAACUGGUCAAGGUCAUGAAAUUCUCUCUGAACAAGAUAAAAAUACACUUGAUAAACUGAAUAAACAAAGAGAAGAAGCUGAUCGUGGAAAAGAUGAUACAUCAAUAUCUACUGAAGAUAAACAACUUGAUGAAGAAGAAGAUGAACUUGAAGAAUGGGAUCGACAUGAAGCACAAUAUGAUGAUGUUACAAAACAAGAUCGCACAUCGCCUUAUUUUUUUGAACAUAAAAUUGAAUUAAAAUGGGAAAAGGGUGGUAGUGGUUUAGUAUUUUAUACAGAUGAUGUUUUUUGGAAAGAACAUGAAGGACAAGAUUUUGAUAAUUUGGAUAUGGCUGAUGAUAUUGAUAUUGAUAUGCGCAUGUAUCAUGAAAGUGCAGGAUCUGCUGAUCGAGUUGGAAAUGAACUUCAGGCAAUACGUCGUGAGGAAGAUCUUCGUCAAGGUCGUUUAUCGAAUGAAACUGAUCCAGAACAUAAACGAAUUGGUGUAUUUGAAAAACAUACAAAAGGUAUUGGACGACGUCUAUUAGAGAGACAAGGAUGGCGUGAUGGUCAAGGACUUGGAUCAUCUGUGGAGGGUAUGGCUGAAGCACUUUCAGCUGAUGGUGGAAAACUAUCCAUAAAAGAUAAAACAGGAUUAGGUUAUACUGGCGAGAAGAUUGAACGAAAUCCUUACAAACGAACUGCUACUAGUAAUCGUCAACAACACGACAAUAUUCAUAUUACAACAAUUUAUGAUAAUCCUGAAGAGACCGAUCCAGCAGAACCACAUAACCGUCGAUCGGAAACAACAAGAAAUAAGAAUCGAUCACGUCAUAUUAAAAAUGUUUUUGCAAAACCAUAA